UGAGUAAGAGCCACUUCACUGCAUCUCAGUCCCAAGAGCUCCAUCUGUCCGGCUUCAUGAGGGGCUGGACACACCAGCCGGGACCGUGCGUCACGAUGCACCUACAACUACUCCUCAUUAUAACUUUAUGUGCUCUUCAUUGCGAUUGCCAAGGUUCAGGUUGUGAGGUUGGGUCUUUCCACUGUGGGACAGGCCGUUGUAUUCCAGUGAGCCAGAGAUGCGAUGGAACAACCGACUGCUCGGAUAGCUCAGAUGAAAUUGGCUGCCCCCAGCCCACCUGCGAGAGCGCUCAGUUCCAGUGCCUGAGUGACGGCGAGUGCAUUCCUCAGCACUGGGUUUGCGAUGAUGAGGAGGAUUGCGAGGAUGGCUCCGAUGAAAGGCAGCACUGCCCUGGCAGGACGUGCUCCGGUUCACAGUUCACCUGUACGAACGGCGCAUGCAUCCCGGGAGGAUACAGGUGCGACCGAGUACCUGACUGCCUAGAUGGAGCAGACGAGAGAAACUGCUUCUACCCGGAGUGCUCGGAGCUGAGGUGUGCUAACGGUGCGUGCUAUAACCGGAGCCAGCGCUGUGACCAGGUGCUCAACUGCCGAGACGGAUCAGACGAGGCCAAUUGCACCCGGCGGUGCAGCAGCGGUCAGUUUCAGUGCAAUAACGGAGAGUGUAUUCCUCGCGGAUACGUCUGCGACCAUGACGAUGAUUGUGGAGAUAGAAGUGAUGAGCAGAACUGCUCCUACCCAACCUGCAGAGGAACAUACUACACCUGUCCCAGCGGCCGAUGCAUUCAUCAGGUCUGGCUCUGUGACGGAGAGGACGACUGCGAGGACAACGCAGAUGAGAAAGGCUGCGACAAUGUGCAGCGUGAAUGCUAUCCAGGGGAAUGGCCGUGUCCUUCUUCUAGUGUUUGCAUCCCUCUCGACCACCUCUGUGACGGGACGGUACACUGUCCAGACGGAGAAGAUGAAACCAACCACACCGCUGGACGCAACUGCAGUAUAUGGCGCUGUGCAUCCCUGAGCUGUGAAUAUCAUUGUCACUCCUCUCCUGACGGAGGGACCUGUGCCUGUCCUCCAGGAUAUGUGGUCAGCAGAAACGACAGCCGCUCAUGCAUCGAUUAUGAUGACUGCAGUCUGUGGGGUAUGUGUGACCAGCUGUGUGAGGAUCGGAUCGGAAGCCAUCGCUGCAGCUGUCGAGAGGGAUACCUUCUGGAGCAGCACAGAUACUGCCGAGCAAAUCCCUCAUCUGGGAUGCCCUCUCUGAUAUUCUCCAAUGGGAGAGACUUGCUGAUUGCUGAUGUCCACGGACACAGCGCUCAAACCCUGGUUGAGUCCCAGAACAGAGGAGUUGCUGUUGGUGUGGACUUCCACUACCAGCUGAACAGGGUCUUUUGGACAGACACAAUCCAAAAUAAGGUGUUUUCCGUGGAUAUGGAUGGGUCGCAUUUGCAGGUGGUUCUGAACGUAUCCGUGGACUAUCCUGAAAACCUCGCCGUGGACUGGGUGAAUAAUAAGCUGUAUGUGGUUGAGGGCAGCGUCAACAGAAUCGACAUGGUGGACUUAGACGGGAGCAAUCGGGUCACGUUGAUUGCUGAACACCUGGGCAACCCAAGAGGUCUCGCGCUUGACCCGACUGUGGGGUACCUCUUCUUCUCUGACUGGGAUACUUUGAAUGGGGAACCAGGUCUGGAAAGGGCCUACAUGGAUGGCACCAAUCGAUAUGGGAUCAUUAGGACCAAACUCGGCUGGCCUGCUGGGAUUACUUUGGACCUUGAGGCCAAGAGAGUGUAUUGGGUGGACAGCCGUUACGAUUACAUUGAAACCACAACCUACGAUGGCUUGCAUAGGAAAACGGUGGUUCAUGGUGGUUCUGUGAUUCCUCAUCCAUUUGGCAUUGCUUUGUUCGAGCAUUCGGUCUACUACACUGACUGGACUAAGAUGGCAGUUAUGAAGGCUAAUAAAUACAGUGACAACAGUCCUCAAGAACUCUACAAGACCCCUCAGAGACCACAUGGUCUGACUGUGGUCCAUGCAUACAAACAGCCCUUUGUAAGUAACCCCUGUGGCCCUGAUCGAGGAGGCUGUGAGCACAUCUGUGUUCUGAGUCACAGAACUGAUAAUGGCGGUCUGGGAUAUCGCUGCCGCUGCCGGAUGGGCUUCGAUCUGCAUGCUGACGGCAAGAGAUGCGUUGCUGUAAGGCAGUUUUUGCUGUUCUCCAGUCAGCUGGCGGUCAGAGGAAUCCCCUUCAACCUGUCCACACAAGAAGACGUCAUUCUACCUGUGACGGGAACUCCAUCUUAUUUUGUUGGAGUGGACUUCAGUGCUGCAGACGAUUCAAUUUUCUUCUCUGAUACAGUGAAGGACAUCAUCUACAAACAGAAAGUUGAUGGAACUGGCAGGGAGAUCCUGGCAGCCAAUCGGGUGGAUGGUGUGGAAGAUCUUGCUUAUGACUGGAUAUCAAAGAACCUAUACUGGACCGAUCCACGGUACAGGAGUAUAUCUGUCAUGAAGGUCGCGGAUAAGUCCAGACGAGCCAUUGUACGCAACCUCAACAACCCCAGAUCCAUAGUGGUCCAUCCGGUGGCUGGUUAUAUUUUCUGGACCGACUGGUACCGCCCUGCGAAGAUCAUGCGGGCCUGGGGUGAUGGGUCACAUGCUCAGUCGAUUGUAAACACCACUCUCGGCUGGCCCAAUGGCCUGGCCAUUGACUGGAGCGCCAUGCGAUUGUAUUGGGUGGACGCCUUCUUUGAUAAGAUCGAGCACAGCAAUUUCGAUGGACAAAACAGACUGUCUUUGGAACGCAUCACCCAGAUCUCCCACCCAUUUGGACUUACUGUAUUUGGAGGUUACGUGUACUUCACCGACUGGCGGCUGGGUGGAAUCGUGAGGGUCCGUAAAACAGACGGAGGGGAGAUGAUGAUCAUUCGCAGAGGGAUCAGCCACAUCAUGCACGUCAAAUCUUUCAACGCUGACACACAGAUUGGAUCUAACUUCUGCAGCAGACAAACUAACCCAAAUGGAGAUUGCAGUCAUUUCUGUUUCCCAGCACCAUACUCCCAACGAGUGUGUGGCUGCCCGUAUGGAAUGAAGCUGGAAGCGAAUCAGCAGACGUGUGUUGACGAUCCAUCCAAUGAGCCGCCGACCCUCCAGUGUGGCUCAAACUCCUUCUCAUGCACUAACGGGAAGUGUGUCCCUCAGAACUACCAAUGUGACGGCGUCGAUGACUGUCACGACAACAGUGAUGAGGCCAACUGUGGCGCUAAUAAUAACACAUGCUCGCCCACUGCCUUCACCUGUGCCAAUCAGCGCUGUGUGCCCAGAAGCUGGCACUGCGACGGACACAAUGACUGUUUUGACGGCAGUGACGAGAGGGACUGUCCCACCCAGACCCCUGGCACUUGCCAGGCGGACCAGUUCAGCUGUGCCAACCAUCGCUGCAUCCCCCGCACAUGGCUCUGUGACACCGACAAUGACUGCGGAGACGGGUCCGAUGAGACCGACUGUGAUUCUCUUGGCACAUGCCACCCUGGUCAGUUCCAGUGUCCGGACCACCGCUGCAUUGACCCCAGUUACGUGUGUGAUGGAGACCGAGACUGUGCAGACGGGGCGGACGAACAGGGAUGUGUGUACAACUGCACAGCCUAUGAGUUCAAGUGUGUAAACGGGCAUCAGUGUGUCAACUCAUACUACCGAUGUGAUGGGGUGUUUGACUGCAACGAUCGCUCGGAUGAAUCUGGCUGUCCCACUAGGCCACCCGGCAUGUGUCACCACGAGAGUGAGUUUCAGUGCCAGUCAGACGGCAGUUGCGUUCCCUCGAGCUGGGAGUGUGACGGGCACCCAGACUGUGAAGAUGGCUCAGACGAACACCACGUCUGCCCACCGAGGACAUGUCCCACCUCACAGUUCCGCUGCGAUAAUGGGAACUGUGUUUUCCACGGCUGGAUAUGUGACGGAGAUAAUGACUGUCGGGAUGGCAGCGAUGAGCGAGACUGUCCCACGCCACCGUUUCGCUGUCCCAGCUGGCAGUGGCAGUGCCCAGGACACAGUGUGUGUGUUAACCUCAGCAGGGUGUGCGACAACACUCCAGAUUGUCCCAAUGGGGCGGACGAAUCCCCUCUCUGCAAUGAGCCCUUACCAGAUCAGGAGAGCUGCUCGGAUAACAACGCGGGCUGCACUCACGGCUGCAUCCAGGGCCCGUUUGGAGCCCAGUGCACCUGUCCCAUUGGCUACCAGCUGAGCAACGACUCAAAGACGUGUGAGGACAUGGACGAAUGCCAUCCUCUGGGCGUCUGCAGUCAGCACUGUUUCAACGAGAGAGGCUCCUUCCGAUGUCACUGCCAGGACGGAUACACUCUGGAGGCAGACGGACGCACCUGCAAGGCCUCAGGAUCUCGAGAGGCCUUGCUCUUAGUGGCGAGUCGGAAUCAGAUUAUAUCAGACGACAUCCUCGCACAGCCAAACGCUAUUCGAUCUCUUGUGCGAGACGGCCGCAACAUCGUAGCGGUGGAUUUCGACUCAGUUACAGAUCGUAUUUACUGGUCUGACACCACCCAGGACAGAAUAUGGAGCGCUCACAAAAACGGAAGCGACCGCACCGUGAUCUUUGAUAGUGGAGUGACCGUCACCGAGAGUCUCGCCGUAGACUGGAUUGGCAGAAACCUGUAUUGGACAGACUACGUUUUGGAGACCGUAGAGGUGUCCAAACUAGACGGAUCCCACAGAACAGUGUUGAUUAGUGAAAACGUGACCAAUCCAAGAGCUCUGGUUGUGGACCCUAGAAAUAACACGCACCUCAUGUUUUGGACUGACUGGGGCAGAAAUCCUCGCAUUGAGAGAGCCAGCAUGGAUGGGAAGUUAAGGACUACGAUCAUCAGCAAUAAACUUUAUUGGCCCAAUGGCUUAACAAUUGACUACCCCAACAAUCUGCUUUACUUUGCCGACGCUUACCUAGACUUCAUUGACUACUGUGAUUACGAUGGAAAGAACCGAAAACAAGUGUUGGCCAGUGAUUUGGUACUUCAACAUCCCCACGCAAUUACCAUUUUUGAGGAUUUUGUCUAUUGGACCGACAGAUACGUCAACCGCGUGAUCCGGGCCAACAAGUGGCACGGACAGAACCAGACGGUGAUGCUGUAUAAUCUGCCCCAGCCCAUGGGUCUGGUGGCACUUCACCCUGCCAGACAGCCUGCAGGUUUUAACCCCUGUGACCCCCGUUCGAGCCCCUGCACUCAUAUCUGCCUGCUGUCAGCGAUUGGUCCCAGGUUCUACUCCUGCGCCUGUCCAUCUGGCUGGACUCUCGCCGCUGACCAGUUCACGUGUGCUAGAGUUGAGGAUCCAUUCCUGGUGGUGGUGAGAGACAGCAUCAUUUACGGCAUCCCGCUCAACCCGAACGACAAGAGCAAUGACGCCAUGGUGCCGGUCGCCGGGCUGCUGAAUGGAUAUGAUGUGGACUUUGACGAUGCUGAGCAGAUGAUCUAUUGGGUGGAACAUCCGGGCGAGAUUCAUCGGGUAAAGUCAGAUGGUACCAACAGAACUGAGUUCGCACCAGCGGCCAUCUUGGGUUCUCCGGUCGGACUGGCUCUGGACUGGAUGUCGCAGAAUCUGUACUACUCUAACCCUUCGUCACAAUCUAUUGAGGUUCUGAGGCUAAAAGGAGAAAUUCAGUACAGAAAAACUCUCAUCACCAACAGCGGCUCACCUACUGGCGCAGGAGCUCCCGUUGGCAUCGCGGUGGACCCGGCACGUGGGAAGAUGUACUGGACAGAUCAGGGGACAGAGAGCGGUAUCCCGGCCAAGGUGGCGUCGGCAGAUAUGGACGGCUCCAACCCCGCCAUCCUCUUCACACAUAAUCUAGAACAUGUGGAGUUCAUUACGAUAGACAUCAAAGAGAACAAGCUCUACUGGGCCGUUACAGGAACUGGCGUGAUCGAGCGUGGUGACCCUGAUGGAUCAAACCGCAUCACUAUGGUGAAUGGAUUAUCCCAUCCGUGGGGUGUGGCCGUACACGACUCCUACCUUUAUUUCACAGAUCGAGACUUUGAGGUGAUUGAGCGUGUCGACAAAGCCACAGGACUCAACCGGGUCGUCAUGCGGGAUAACGUGGCUGGUCUUAGAGUACUCAAAGUACACUAUAGAGACUCUUCAGCAGGCUCGUCUAACGGUUGCAGUAAUAACAUGGGGACAUGCGAUCAGUUGUGUCUACCCCGUCCCAGUGGCCUGUUCAGCUGCGCCUGUGCGACUGGGUUCAAACUCAACGCUGAUAACAGAACCUGUUCCCCAUACCAGUCCUACGUCGUGAUCUCUAUGCUCACUGCUAUCAAGGGCUUCAGUCUGGAGGGAGCCGAUCACUCGGAGUCCAUGGUGCCUGUGGCAGGCAGAGGCCGCAAUGCUCUUCACGUAGACGUGCACAUGCCUUCCGGUUUCAUUUACUGGUGUGACUUCAGCAGCACCGUGGCGUCCCAGAACGGAGUCCGCAGGAUCAAACCGGACGGCUCUGGGUUUCGCAGCAUUGUCACCUCUGGAAUCGGACGCAAUGGAAUACGGGGCAUUGCUGUAGACUGGGCCGCAGGAAACCUCUAUUUCACCAACGCCUUCUUGACCGAGACGUACAUUGAAGUCAUUCGACUCAAUACCACUUUCCGUCGUGUUCUUCUCAAAACCCAAGUAGACAUGCCACGUCAUAUUGUGGUGGACCCCAUGAACAGAUACCUCUUCUGGGCCGACUAUGGACAGACCCCUAAAAUCGAGCGGGCUUUUCUAGACGGUUCCAAUCGGACAGUGCUGGUUUCUUCAGGCAUCAUCACCCCCAGGGGUUUGGCUCUGGACCACCGAGACGGAUACAUCUAUUGGGUGGACGAUUCCCUUGACAUGAUCGCCCGAGUCCGACCCGAGGGGGGCGAGACGGAGGUUGUACGCUACGGAAGUCGUUAUCCGACUCCGUAUGGCGUCACGGUGUUUGAGGGGAAUGUAAUUUGGGUGGACAGAAACCUGAAGAAAGUCUUCCAAGCCAGCAAACAGCCCGGCGCGACCGACCAGCCGCUCGUGAUCAGAGACAACAUCAACAUGCUGCGGGACGUCACCAUCUUUGACCGGAGAAUGCAGCCAAGUUCAGCCCACGAGCUCAAUAACAACCCCUGCUUAGAGGCUAACGGCGGCUGCGCUCACUUCUGCUUCGCCAUCGCGGGAACUCAGACGAGGAAGUGUUCGUGUGCCUUUGGGAAUCUGGCUCCGGAUGACAGCAGUUGUGUGGUGUCCCGGGAUGACUACCUCAUUUACACGACUGAAAGCACUGUACGAUCUCUGCGGCUGGAUCCAGAGGAUCACUCGCUGCCGUUUCCCGUGGUUAACGUUCCCCGGACUUCGAUAGCCCUUGAUUUUGACCGGUUGGACGGCAGGAUCUAUUUCACCCAGAGCUCGGGAGCGAGCCAGAGCAAGAUCAGCUUCAUCACUUUGGCUUCACCUUCCUCUCCUGCUACAGAGGUGGCCUCAGAUCUGGGAGCUCCUGAUGGCAUUGCGUAUGACUGGAUCAAUAAGAGGAUCUAUUACAGUGAUUACAUUAACCAGACCAUCAGCUCCAUGGCAGUGGAUGGAUCUCAGAGGACUGUUGUAGCACAGGUGCCGAGACCCAGAGCAAUCAUGCUGGAUCCAUGCAGAGGAUAUAUGUACUGGACCGACUGGGGAACCAAUGCAAAGAUAGAGCGUGCAACUCUGGGGGGAAACUUCAGGACAGAGAUUGUCAACACUAGUCUGGUGUGGCCAAAUGGUCUGACACUGGACUAUGAAGAUCAGAGGCUGUACUGGGCAGAUGCCAGUUUGCAGAAGAUUGAGAGGUGCUCGCUCACCGGCACUAACCGCGAGGUCAUCGUAAGCACUGCCAUCUACCCAUUUGCAAUGACAGUGUACGGUCAGCAUAUCUACUGGACGGACUGGAACACACGCAGCAUCUACCGUGCAAACAAGCAUGACGGGUCCGACCAGAGGGUGAUGCUACAGAACCUUCCAUCACGGCCCAUGGACAUCCAUGUGCUAUCCAACGGCAAACAGCAGCAGUGCAGCAGUCCCUGCGAACAAUUCAACGGUGGUUGCAGCCAUAUUUGCACCCCAGGUCCUCAGGGAGCAGAGUGUCAGUGUCCCUCUGAGGGCCGCUGGUAUCUGGCCGACAACAAACACUGCAUCCCUGACAAUGGGACACGCUGCCAGUCGGGCCAGUUUACUUGUAUGAACGGCCGCUGCAUCCGCGCCCAGUGGAAAUGCGACAACGAUGAUGACUGUGGGGACGGCAGUGAUGAACUCGAGAGAGUCUGCGUCCCACAAGCAGCAGCAUUCAUUUCACUCUCAGCGUUUCACACCUGCGAGCCCACCGUGUUCACAUGUGGAAAUGGCCGUUGUGUGCCGUAUCACUACCGCUGCGAUCACUAUAAUGACUGCGGUGAUAACAGCGACGAGACAGGCUGCAUGUUCCGCCCCUGCGACCCCAACACUGAGUUCACCUGCACUAAUGGUCGCUGCAUUGCACGGGAAUAUGUCUGCAAUGGAAUAAACAAUUGUUACGACAACGGGACGUCAGAUGAACAGAACUGUGCUGAGAGGACAUGCCAGCCAGAGCACACCAAAUGCCAGACCACCAACAUCUGCAUCCCACGCUCGUACCUGUGUGAUGGAGAUAAUGAUUGUGGAGACAACAGUGACGAGAGCCCGACGCAUUGUGCCACAUCUACAUGCUCCCAGAACGAGUUUCGCUGUUCGAGCGGACGCUGUAUUCCCGGGCACUGGUACUGUGAUGGUGGAACAGACUGUAAUGAUGGUUCUGAUGAGCCCACUACCUGCACCCCCAUGGUGAGGACCUGCAACUCUGAGCAGUUCCGCUGCGAUGACGGAAGGUGCAUCGCUUCAUCCUGGAUCUGCGAUGGAGACAACGACUGCGGGGACAUGAGUGACGAGGACGAGAGACACAACUGUGCUAAUCGCACCUGCUCUCCUCAAGAGUUCACCUGUAUGAACAACAGGCCUCCUCAGAGGAAGUGUAUCCCGAGGGACUGGGUGUGUGACGGAGACGCUGACUGUUCGGACGCAUACGAUGAGCACCAGAACUGCACUCGCAGGUCCUGCUCCACCAACGAGUUUACCUGCAACAACGGCCUCUGCAUCCGCAUCUCCUACAGGUGUGACCGUCGCAAUGAUUGUGGAGACAGCAGUGAUGAACAGGGCUGCACAUAUUCGACAUGUCUACAGCACCAGUUCACCUGUCAGAACGGGCGCUGCGUCUCGCGGGAUUUCGUCUGUGACGGGGACAACGACUGCGGGGAUGAAUCUGAUGAGCUGGAUCACAUGUGCAGGACUCCCGCGCCCACAUGCCCACCUGGAGACUUCCGCUGUGACAACGGGAACUGUGUGCCACUCAGCGAGGUGUGUGACAGGAGUGACGACUGCAACGACAACAGUGACGAGAAAGGCUGUGGCAUCAAUGAGUGCACAGACCCGUCUAUGCACCACUGCGACCACAACUGCACCGACACUCCCACCAGCUUCAUCUGCACCUGUCGUCCCGGGUAUCGUCUCAUGUCCGAUAACACAACGUGCGACGAUGUGGACGAGUGCUCGGUCACUCCCGGCGUGUGCAGUCAGGUGUGUGAGAACACCAUGGGCUCGUACGUGUGUAAGUGCGCGCCAGGCUUCCUCCGUGAACCCGACGGCCGCAGCUGCAGGCAGAACAGCAACAUCACCCCGUACCUGAUCUUUAGCAAUCGCUACUAUCUGCGCAAUCUCUCCACGGAUGGCGAGGCCUAUUCUCUCAUCCUGCAAGGCCUCAGCAGCGUGGUCGCUCUGGACUUCGAUCGAGUCGACAAGCGCUUGUACUGGAUUGACGUGAGCCGGAGGGUGUUGGAGCGGAUGUUCUUUAACGGGACGGGCCGAGAGGUGGUGGUGAACGGGCUCUUGCACGGAGAAGGCCUGGCGGUCGACUGGAUCGGGAGGAAGCUGUACUGGGUCGACAGCUUUCUCGACUGCAUGAAAGUGUCGGAGCUGGAUGGGCGGUUCGUGAGGAAGUUGGCAGAGCACUGUGUGGAUGUUAAUAACACGUACUGCUUUGAGAAUCCCAGAGGCAUUGUGCUGCAUCCCAAGUUUGGAUACGUGUACUGGACCGAUUGGGGAGACAAAGCCUUCAUUGGACGUGUUGGGAUGGAUGGAAAUAACAAGUCAGCCGUCAUCACCACUAAGAUCGAGUGGCCCAACGGUCUCACUAUUGACUACACCAAUGACAAGCUGUACUGGUCUGAUGCCCACCUAAACUACAUCGAAUUCUCCGACCUGGACGGGCAUCACAGGCACACCGUGUACGACGGUAACCUGCCGCAUCCUUUCGCCAUCACAGUGUUCGAGGAAACCGUCUACUGGACAGACUGGAACACUCGCACGGUGGAGAAGGGCAACAAAUACACCGGCUCCGGACGGGAGGCGCUCGUCAACACCACCCACAGACCGUUCGACAUUCACGUGUGCCAUCCCUACCGCCAGCCCAUAGUGACGAAUCCUUGCGCGGUGAAUAAUGGAGGCUGUUCUCACCUGUGUCUUCUGCGAGCGGGGGGUCAAGGUUACACCUGCGAGUGCCCUGACCACUUCCUUACCAUGCAGAUAGGGGGCAUUGCACGCUGUCUGCCCAUGUGUUCCAGCACUCAGUACAGAUGUGCAGACAACGAACGCUGUAUUCCUAUUUGGUGGAAGUGUGAUGGUCAGCGGGACUGUAGAGAUGGCUCGGAUGAACCCUCCACGUGUCCCGUCCGGCACUGCAGACUGGGCCAGUUCCAGUGUAAUGACGGAAACUGCACCAGCCCGCACUUCCUGUGUAACUCCAAUCAGGACUGUCCCGAUGGCUCGGAUGAGGACACUGUGCUGUGUGCCACGCAUCAGUGCGAGUCGCAUCAGUGGCAGUGUGCUAAUAAACGCUGCAUCUCUGAGGCCUGGCAGUGUGACGGGGAGAACGACUGCGGCGACGGCUCCGAUGAGGAUCCCACACACUGUUCCAGCAGGACCUGCAGACCCGGACAUUUCAAGUGCAGGAACGGGCGCUGCAUCCCGCAGAGCUGGAAAUGUGACGUGGAUGACGACUGUGGAGACAACUCCGACGAGCCCCUCGACGAAUGCAUGGGUCCAACGUACAGAUGUGACAAUCACACAGAGUUUGACUGCAGGACAAACUAUCGCUGCAUUCCUCUGUGGGCCGUGUGCAACGGACACAACGACUGCAGGGACAACAGCGACGAACAGCACUGCGAGGAGUUGACCUGUGAUCCGGCGGGUGAUUUCCGCUGUGAUAACCACCAGUGUAUUCCCCUUCGCUGGCGCUGCGACGGAGACAAUGACUGCGGCGACGGAUCGGAUGAACACAACUGCACCCCUCGUCCGUGCACUGAGAGCGAGUACCGCUGCGACAACCUGCACUGCAUUCCUGACCGCUGGGUGUGCGACCAUGACAACGACUGCGAGGACAACUCUGACGAGAGAGACUGUGAGCUGCGGACCUGUCACCCGGGUUACUUCCAGUGCAGUAGUGGCCACUGCAUCUCUGAGCGCUUCAAAUGUGACGGCAACGCCGACUGUCUCGACUUCACCGAUGAAAGCUCCUGUCCCGCACGCUACCCGAACAGCACCUACUGUCCACCCUUCCUGUUUGAGUGUAGGAACCACGUGUGUGUGCAGCAGCACUGGAUAUGUGACGGAGAUAAUGACUGUGGGGAUAAUUCAGAUGAGGAACUACAUCUCUGCUUGGACAUCUCAUGUGAUCCUCCAUUCCGGUUCCGUUGUGAUAACACGCGCUGCAUCUACAGUCACGAGCUCUGCAAUUCUAUAGAUGACUGCGGUGAUGGGACCGAUGAGAGGGCGGAGCAUUGUGUGACUCCCACACACGGACCCUGCUCUGCAGAUGAGUAUAAAUGUGGAAAUGGUCACUGCAUUCCUCUGCAGUACGCCUGCGACGACUAUGACGACUGUGAAGACCAGACCGAUGAGCUCGGCUGCUACCAUGGCCAUGCGCGCUCAUGCAGUGAGAAUCUGUGUGAGCAUAACUGUACAGAUUUGUCGACCGGAGGCUUCAUUUGCUCUUGUAGAUCUGGAUAUAAACCUAACCCGGAGGAUAAGAACACCUGCGAUGACGUAAAUGAGUGUGAGAUUUACGGGACGUGCCCGCAGCAGUGCAGGAACACUAAAGGCACUUAUGAGUGUUUCUGCGCUGAAGGCUUUCGAUCGGUGGGAGAGCAGCCAGGAGUCGAAUGCGCCGCUGAGGGAAAUCCUCCCGUGCUGUUAUUGCCUGAUAAUGUGCGCAUCCGUCGCUUUAACCUCUCGUCUGCACAGUACUCUGAUUACCUGGAUAAUGCAGAGCACAUUCAGGCACUGGACUACCUGUGGGACCCAGAAGGCCUCGGUCUCAGUAUAGUGUACUGGACGGUGUUGGGACGAGGCUCUGAGUUCGGCUCGAUCAAGAGGGCAUAUAUGACCACGUUUGAUGACCAUGGGAAUAAUCCUGUAAAGGAGGUGGACCUGGACCUCAGAUACAUCUCCAGUCCUGAUGGCAUCGCUGUGGACUGGAUUGGACGCCAUAUUUACUGGACGGAUGCUGGGACUAAUAGAAUCGAAGUGGCUAAACUGGAUGGACGUUACAGAAAGUGGUUAAUUCACUCUGAUCUUGAUCAACCGGCUGCUAUUGUGGUCAACCCUGGUCUAGGGAAGAUGUUCUGGACCGACUGGGGCAGAAAGCCCAAGAUUGAGGUGGCCUGGAUGGAUGGGCAGCACAGAGAGGUGCUGUUAGAGGAAGAUCUGGGCUGGCCUACUGGUUUAGCUUUGGACUACCUGAAUGAAAACCGGAUCUACUGGUGUGACUCAAAAGAGAACAUCAUUGAGUCCAUGAAAGUGGAUGGAACGGACCGGCAAAUUAUCAUAUCAGGAGACAUCGGGCAUCCCUACAGUCUGGAUGUGUUCGAGGGGCAUGUGUACUGGACGACUAAAGAAAAGGGAGAGGUGUGGAAAAAAGAUAAGUUUGGGAAAGGAGACAAGGUGAAGGUGUUGACCAUAAACCCCUGGUUGACUCAAGUACGCAUCUACCAACAGCACCGACAUAACCACUCAGUGCUCAACCCCUGUCAGGACGUCUGCAGUCACCUGUGUUUGCUGCGGCCGGGUGGAUACACCUGUGCCUGUCCCGAGGGAACCACGCUCCUCACCUUCAACAAGAAUGAAUGUGACGCCGCCAUUGAGGCAGAGGUGUCCAUGCCGCUUGCAUGCAGAUGCAUGAACGGAGGAACGUGCUUUACUGAUGAGGGAGGCCUGCCCAAGUGCAAGUGUCCAUACGGUUACUCGGGGAGUUACUGUGAGAUGGGGAAGUCUAGAGGCGCUCCUGCUGGGACAGCUGUGACCGUCCUGUUAGCAGUGGUUAUUAUUCUGAUUACUGGAGCUCUGGUUGUGGGACUUUUCCUCAACUACAGGCGCACCGGCUCUCUCAUCCCGUCAAUGCCUAAACUACCGAGUCUGAGCAGCCUGGUGAAGUCGGGGGACACAGGAAAUGGAGUGUCGUUUCAUUCGGGCGACAAUGUCACGAUGGACCUGGAGCCUCAGACUCUGGGGGUGUCGUUCAUCGACAGGGCCAUGCAGAUGGAUGAGAAUUUUGCAGAAUCUGGGAGGCAACCAAUCACAUUUGAGAAUCCUCUGUACUCAACUGCAGCCGGCCCAUCCAGCGACCCAGCAGUAAUACACGCUACACAGGUCACUGUGAAUGUCAGUGGUGACCAGGUGGAGAAUAAAUUCUCAAACCCUACGUACCACACUCGUAAACAACAUGCAGUGGAAGUGAAGAGCGUACCUGCAGAGGAAUUGACCACUCAGGAGUCCAAAUGGAGCUUCUUUAAAAGAAAACUGAAGCCAAGCACAACAUUUGAAAACCCUACUUAUUCAGAGAUGCAGGACGAGCCGACAUCUGGAGCUGCAGACGCCAGCUCUUCAUCACAGCCGUCUCCUUUCGUUCCUCCUCCCAAACCCCAGAAGCGAGAGAAACUCAGCGCCUAUUCACCGACAGAGGACACCUUCAGAGACACGGCCAACCUGGUUAAAGAGGACAGUGAAAUAUGACCAACACACACGGGAAAAAAUACAAAGAAACACUCCCUUUGCACAGAAUCUAUUUUUAUAUGCAGCCUGCAUAAAACAGAAAUCAUUUUAAGAUUAUUUUUGACAAAAAAAGUAUAGAUGAGAAUAGAUGAUGUUUGUAUAGCCAACAUAAAAGACACUUUGCCUUCUGAUACUUUGUAUGCCAAUUCAUGUUGUAUGAUUCUUUUUUUUAUUAUUAUUGUGAUGUCAUAUUUGUAUAUCUUUGCACUGAUGCUGCUGAAGGAGAAUGUUAUGAAUAUUUUGUACAUUUGUAAAUUGAAAAGAUUUUGUUUGAUAAUAUCCUCUGGUCAGACAUUAUUUUGAAAUAGAUUAUUACUUAUUCCUGGAGAUUCACACACAAAACACACACACAUAUGCCAAUGUUACUGAGUAAAGUGCUUCGAGAGCCAUCUGAGACUUUGCCAUUUGAUAUGAUUAUUCUUAAGCGGUUUUCGCCACUGGAGAGCAAACACCACACAUACAGUAUACAUCACUUAUGUAGAUAUACCUCAUUUGUGGAGCGGCCAGAUUCAAGAGCAAAACGCCACAGUUUGUCUGAAAUAUCAGACCUACCGAGUGCAAUUAAAGGAAUAGUUCACCCGAUAAAAGUUAAAUAUAUGUCAUUAUUUACUCAACUAGACGUUCUCUAUGUCAGGCUCCAAAAACAACCAUAAAACUAGUCCAUAUUAUGUAUGCUUUUGUGAGGGGGACUGCCACUGAAUAUAUGAUAAAGAGCUGUGAGAAGUUUCCUUAUAAAAUUAUUUUCCAUAAUAUAAUGGGUUACCAAAUACAUCAGGGUGAGUAAAUAAUGGCAGAAAUGAUACUCUAAAUACUGUGAUUCAGAGAAUGGGACUCUCAUUAAAGAAAGUCUGUAAAAUAUCAUAAUGCAGUGACAUAUUCUGCUGUAAACACAUCAUAAUAGAGGAAGAUGACGACUUCUGUUUUAUAUAUUUAAACAAUACUUGAAAUUGCCCAGGUUAUAUGCAAGGGUUAGGAUUAUGUGCUGGAGAUCAUCUGAUGUCCCAUCAGCGCUUCAAGGGCUUUUCAUAUUUACUUUCCUAUCUGACAAGUCAAUGGGCAGUUAAGUCAGAUUUAAGUGAUUUUGUAUAUCAAUGACAUUAAAAAAAGAAUAUCACGAAUGUAUUCAUCUUAAUAAAGCCCAU